AUGAAAGAGAACGAAGUGAUUUCCGGAAUUUUGCGACUGCUACCCAUCGACGAGGAGCAAAAAAAUUUCGACUCCUCUCAUUUGAUUUCAUACGUGAUGAGGACGUUGUCAAGACUUGUACCUGCUCUCUGGGAAGAUUUUAUCAAAUUCCAAGGCCCAGAGAAGCUCUUAAAAAUUUUGGAGUGGGGCCUGACGAUGAAUUUGACCUCUCUGAUUGUUACUGAGUCCCUCAGGACUAUAUCUUCCAUAAUAGCUCUGCAGAACAGCCCUUUAAUGACUCGAUUCAAGACUGUGGGGAUCAUUAGUCUCUUCUUUAACUUCAUCACCAAAAUAUCACAUCUCCCCGAGCUGCCCCUCCAAACCCAGACAACUCUCACCCUCCUCCUAACACCCCUCGACCUCCUCCUCCAAGCCGACCCUUCCCCCUUAUCCACCUCACCGCCCAACUCCCUAAAAAUUAUCGAAAGCCUCUUGCAUCGAUUUUCCCAUACCCAGGACUUCAUCAUCGACGACAAACUACUCAUCUCCCUGGGCUCCUACACCUGGACCAGUCUCAUGUCCUCACCACCGACUCUCACCCGAUUCAUAGAGCUCGGAGGGACGUAUCUGAUCCUCGACUGCCUGGAGAAGUCCCCCUGUCUCCCCCAGGUCGUUUUCCUGGGAAUUUUAUCAGACAUGUGCCUGGACCCCCACUGCAUUCCCCACCUCUGCACCUGGAGAGGGCUCGACAAGUCCCGCGGACUCCUGUCUCUGCUCUCCAGGAUCUGGAGGGACGAGGAGCGGCGAAUCGGCGUCAGAAGGACCCCCGAUGGCCGCAUUCAGGAUAUCGAGCUGCCCCUGAUGGGGAGAGCCCAGUGGAGGAACUCGUUCUAUACGAAAACCAUCGAGAGCUACUCCCCGACGAUGGAGUCAUGGCUGGGAUCAGCCAGACCGAAAAUCUACAGCAUCAGGAAGCAGCUCCUGGAGAAUUCCGAAGUCUACGAGAGGACGAGGGAUCGGUACAAGAUUUUAACCGAUGAUCUGCACCCGGAGGACGCGAUAACUCUCUGCAUCGUCGAUCAGUUCUUCAGGUUCUCUCGGGGGCAGGUGUGGGGGGAGGUGCUUCGGUAUCUGAAGGAGAGAGGGGUGAAUCCCCUGGGAUCCGAUGGAGAGAUGAUCCUGGUGGUGUGCCAGAGGCACCGAGAGUGCGGACUGUAUGUCAGGGACUGCCAGGACAGGCUCCUCUCGGAGGAGAUGCUGAAGGAGCGACGUAAGGAGGUGGUGGACAUCAUGAGGAUCAGGGAUGCCAGGCUGACUGAUGCUCUGGAGGCUGCUAGGGGUAUGGAUUUGGUCAGGAGGACUGCGGAUAGGGGGUACAGGAUGCGGAGGAGGAAUCAACAGAAGGUGGAGGUCGAUGGGGGAUUGAAAUUCCCUGGAGAGGCCCUGGGGAAGUGCCACAGGACGUACCCUGAGGGGUGGAAUGUAACUGUGAUUUUGAACCAAACACACACGAUAAACGCAGCCCCCAACUUCCAAUGUGACGAUAAAAUUGAAAGCGUGUCACCAGGUAGUUCGACGCCGCCAAUUUCCUACGAUUUUCCCGAAGACUGGGAUUAUUAAUGAGAAAUCAAUCAUCAUCAGAGGGCUCACAGCCGCCAGGUGGUGCCACCUCCCCCUUUUUUCAGAAACGUCUCAAGAUGGCGGACUCGUGUAACGGAUUCCCUUCUCUUUCUCCCCGAACACAAGAGUUUCUCAUAUUCUCUCUUGUCGG